AGUGUCUGUCUCUUCUUACUGUGCCGCUUGUUCACCUUUUCUGUGGCAAGCAUUGUGAACGGUAUACAUGAUAUAAUAUACAUAUUUAUAUAUAUAUAUCAGAUGUCACACGGGUGUUAAAUAUUGAUUAACCGUAAAAAUGGCGUGAAAAUUCAAAAGCAAAUUUGAAAUGUGCCGACAUGUCAUCUCGGUAGUCGCUGCAUCCUUUCAGGCGUCUACCGUAGUUACAUUGCCAAUUUAACGGAAAUACUGGAUCCCUAGAUGAAAAUGAUGAUAUCAAAAGUUGGUCUGUUCUUAUGGAUGAAUAGUAGGGAAAAUCCUGUAGUAAAUUUAGAAAGGCCAGUGUCUGGUCUAUUAAUAUCAUUUUGAAAGUAUAGACAGCACCGCAUAUUGAAGGAUUUCCAAAUCAUGAAGAUGCUGGCAAAGCGUAUGUUCCCAAGUUUGAUUACUUGCAGUUCUAAGGCUGCUGGCAUCUUAGCACCUUUAACUAUUCCUCCUGCACAUAUUGCUGCACUUUACUAUUUCUGGCCAGAAUUCUCACGAGAUGUCGACAAGCGUUAUUGCUCAUGUUCUUGUUGGGACACCGUAUUCAAGGGCUCCUAUGAAUCUGGUGUUGCAUCUUACAAGCAUAUGUAUUUUAAUGCCACUGCUAAUACCAUAAAAAUAUGGUUUAUGAUAGUAGUUGGUAUAAUUAUAUUUUACGAAAGUGUGAAAGAUUUAGCAUGGCUAGCUAUGCAAUGUCGUCUGAGAUUUAGAAUGUUGAUACUUUUUGGAACUGCAGUGUUUUCUCAUUACUAUUCAUGGUGGGUGUACAUAAAUUAUUGGAAUGACGAGUUUUAUUCCCAGUGGUAUCAUCAAUUGUUUUUCACUGCUACCGAAUUAUUGUCAACAAUUCUGGUUGUUCAUUUGGCUGAUGCAAAAAAUCCAAUCACACAUAGAAAAGCAUUUGGCAUCGCUGCUAUUGCAAUCAUGCAUAUUUUAGCUGGUAGUUGGGACCAGUUCAUCACCAAUGUUGUUAGAGGAGAGGGAUAUUCCCAUCAGGUAAUUCGGGAUCUGGGGUUCAUGAUUCCUGAUAUUCUUCAUGUUGCCAUCCCUCUAUGGUCUGUAGAAUGGCGCAAUGCCUAUGGCCUACCUGGAGCUGGAUCCAGUCAGAAUAUCAGACGUGAUCUCACGUGUAUUUCAGGAAUGGUUAUAAUCGGAUUAUGUUUUUGUGCUGCUCUGUGAUAUGCAAAGCGAUGAGUUAGUAAUCAAAAUAAACAUGAGCAGCUGCUUAGUGCUUAUCUUAAAAGCAUAGCAAUGAAUGGAACUUUGGAUUAUAACAGGUAUUACUUCUGUUUUACAUUGAUCUAAUCUUCCAAAUCUUUGUUUCUAUAUUUCAACCGCUGACAACAUCUUACAGAUUCAGGUGGUCCAUCAAAUUUGUUUGGGUGAAUUUUAACCAAUGAACUUUCAUCAAAAUCUGUGACAAUUUGGACAGCUCUGUAUCUCAACGAGAAAUUGUGCUUUUAAAAAUGUUUUUUUUUUUUUGUCAAAAUUGUCAUUAUUGGUAGUGAAAAUGUUCAGGGGCCACUAUUGCGAUAUUUCAAACCGUUACAGACCAACGAAUUUGAAGAUAUUUUAUUUAAGAACGGACACGACUGUAGCCAUAUGAGAUUUUGCGUCACGGAGCGGUAAAGUUUGGUACAACUAGUACUAACAAUACACCUUAAAUUCUUAUAGAAUUUUUAUUGUUGAAUAUUUGCUGGACUUAAAAAAAAAAUUAUAACUCGAUGUAUUGUAAAAAUGGACGUUAUUCAAAGGAAAAAUAAAAUUUUCAGUAUUGGCACCAUUUUUAGUUGACAAUGAGAUACAGAGUCGUAGUUUGACACAGUGACAGGGAUCAUUGGUUUUGUGAAUCAUGAGUGGAGAAUCAUUUAGGUAAUUGGACAUAAAAAUUUAGUACAAUCAACCAAUGCCGAUUUUAUCAAUUUGAAUGAGUAACCUCUUUGUGUAUCACAAAAAGCGACAGAGAAGUUUUUAUUUAGUGUGGUAAAUUUUGUUGUCAGCUGUUGUUCACCAUGUACAUUGUUUAGUUAGUAUUUGUAACUGUGACACAACUCAAGUUUACUAUUUCUUUGUAUCAUGUGUUGCAUAUUGUAUUGUGUUGUCAAGUAAAAUUGAUUCGAGGUUGAAGUUUUAAACAUUAAUGUAACGGAAUACUGAAAAAAAUUGUUGUUUCGCACGUUUAGAUUGUGUUUGAAAGAAUUAAGUUCUCAAUAUUAACAUUUUGCAUCAUUACUGUUUACUAAAUUUCACAAAAUUCUGCAGCUGCGAAAUAACAAAUUUUCUACAAAAUGCAUCGUUACAAUAAUAAAUAACUUCAAUCUUACAAAUUAAUUGAGUUUUUUGGAUGCAGGGUGAUUGUUUGAUUCUCCAAGAAGGCAGCAAAAGAAUUACGUACGUACCACAAUUGAGAUCAACCUAAAAGAUAUAAUUAUUUAGUUGUGUGGAUCCAAUGGUGAAGCUUAUGAACCAGUAUGUCUAAUGAUGAAACUAUUGUAUUAGACUCUUGUUGAAGUUCGCGCUUUUUCAAAAUCGCAAUCUACAAUACAGUGGGAAUUUAAUUAUUUUCGAAUUCGACCUAAAAUUAAAGUGGGUAUCGAGUGUGGAUUCCCUAAUGUCCAACCAGUAAAAAGACAGGGAAACUCCGGAAUUCAGAUUCAGUGAGUACUUUUCUUUUCUGAGUCGACUUAUGAACGUCUUCCACCAUAUCAAUGGUAUUCUCAAUAUUAAGUACGUAAAUCGAAUCCUAUGUAUCAAAAUUUAUUUCAACAGCACAUACUUAUUCACGAGUAUUCAAUAUUGGCAAAUAAACCUUACUAUUGGGCCACUUUAGAUAACGAUGGAGGUAAUUGUUGCUAGAUCUGACAAAAUGACUCAGCCUUCUGACAUGAGAACUGAAUACGAAUUUGGACUCUGUUAAAAGCUAUACUUAAGGGGAUUGUCUAGUGUAAUGGCUGUAUUUUUAAAGGUUUUUUGGAUAUUUUUUUAAGAUACAACUUUGAAAUAAAAUUUCUCAUAGUUUUUACGUUCUAUUUAUUGACAUUUAAACAAACUUUGUACAUUUUUUGGAGACGAAAUAGUGAAUAUAACCUAAAAUAGCCCGAUAGGAUCUUAUGUAAAAAAAUUUAGACAGGAUAUAUCAAAAAGCACUAGACCGAUCCUAUUCAAACUUUUACAGCAUCUUUAUUAUACCUAUACUUAUAGCCUCAACUAGGAUAAUCAUGAUGACUUUGAUAAUUUGUUUUACGAGCUAAACAAAUUGAUCAAAAACUACAAAUCCAAUAUUUUUUCAUAAAAUAUAAACCACCAAAGCAAUCAUGAUUAUCCUAGUUCACGCGAUAGGUAUAGAUACAAUAAAGUGCUGUAAAAAUUUGAGUAGAAUCGCUCCAGUGCUUUUAGAGAUAUCAUGUCUACACUUUUCUUACAUACGUUCCUAUCGGGCGGUAUACAUUAGGUUAUGAGAAGUUUUAUUUCAAUGCUUCGACUUAAACAAACCCCCAAAAAAUCGUUAAAAAAAAACAGCCUUCACAUUAGACGACCCCCUUAACUUUGAAAGUUGGUAGCUCUUAGUAUAUGAACCAAAAAAAGCAGUGAAAUAUCGCUGAUUAGUUAUUGUAUACAAUGCAAGAUCUCUUGAUGUGAGAGUGUUGCUACCAGUGGUUACGUUUUAAUAACCUGAAGGAACUAAUAUUGUGUUCGAGUUUGAGCAUUAGUCUCAAUAGGUCGUAUUUUGACCAAAGAGUUAAGGAGUGUUAAGGAGUUAUAUACGAGUAGACGGCUGAAAAGGGGUUGAAUUUUGAAAAUUCAUAUCUCGACAACCAAUUAUUCAUCAAGUCAAUCGAACUCUGCUUUAUACAAAAGUAUGUAGACAGUCAUCAUUUAUCACGAGCAAACUAUUUGACGUUAUUGUCAAUAAAAAUACUUGAUCUACGUAAUUUUUAAUAAAACAGACUCCGAUCGAAUUGAACAAUUGGUUGUCGAGAGGUAAAUUCCCAAAACAUACCUAUAUUUUCAGCCAUCUAUUUGUCUACACCCCCUUAAGACAGUUCACCCUAGGCAUAUCUUUUUGCUCAAUCUAGAAGCUCGAAGUAGUUCAGGGUUAAUUACAGUUUUUUAUACUUGCCGACUCAUCAACUAUGGUCAUAAUUUAAUUGAAUUCGGUCACUGCAGAAAACUAUUGUCUCCCUAUGGUUUUCUCAUCCGUUUGUCCUGCAAAUAAAUCUCUGGUCAACAAAUCUUACAAUCAAUAGCAUGUUGAUCAUCCAUAAUUUGAUAGAAUUUUUUAUAGUACAUAUUUUAUAAUACGUUAAUUCACCAAGGUAAUUGAUAUUAUAGUUAUAGAUGAGACUAGAUAUUUUAUCGGUUUAAAAUAUCUUAAAUCAUACUAUAGGUUGUUUUAAUUGUUAGACUAUAGUGCGAUCAAACAGCAUAAAUUAAUCACGUUGAUUUUUUUUACUUCGAUCUUACUUAUUCAUUCAUUUUUCGUAGUGUUCAAGGAAUGUCAGUAAGAAAUUCAUGUUAAACAUAUUUUUUUAAUUUUUCGCUACUUGAAUAGUGCAUUUUCAAAAACGUUAAAACGCAAUUUGUAUUUACAGAUAUGUAAAUCACUCAAAGAAUUAUAAAAUUAUUGAACAUUCAUACUGAUAAAAUCGUGAACACAAACAAUUUAUUUGACAAAGUCGU